ACCCAAACUUGCCACAGGACGCCCUAAAUAUGCCCCCGGGUCCCCCCCGCGGUGCACUGUGGGAGACGGGCUCCCCUCAGCAGCGGCCCCGGCGCCCGGGCUGAGGAGGGGGGAGGGCCCUGGUCCAGGCCGGCCAAUGAGAAGCCAGAACGCCAGGCGCCGGCAGGGACCAGCCAAUGAGCGGAGAGGAUUCCGGCCCCGAGGACCCCGGCCCGCGGGGCGGCCCCCGGCGGAGCCUGAAGCCCCGCCGCGCCGCUCCCGCCUCAGGCGCCCGCCGCGGCCACUCCUCUUCUCCUCGCCGGGUCCUUGGCGGGGGGCGGGGCCUGCCUUAAAGGCGCCGCGGGCAAAGAUGGCGGCGCGCUGGCUGUGGCUGCUGGCGCUCUGGGCCCGGCCCGCCGCCGCCCCGCCGCCGCCCGACGCCGAGGUGACCUUCGUGCUGCCCGCCGGCCGCCGGGAGUGCUUCUACCAGGGUGCGCCCGGCAACGCCUCCAUGGAGGCCGAGUACCAGGUGAUCGGCGGGGCCGGGCUGGACGUCGACUUCUCCCUGGAGAGUCCCUCGGGGCGGCUGCUGGUCCGGGAGCACCGGCGCUCCGACGGCGCCCACACCGUGGAGCCCACCGAGGCCGGCGACUACAAGCUCUGCUUCGACAACUCCUUCAGCACCAUCUCGGAGAAGUUGGUUUUCUUCGAGCUGCUCUUCGACGCCCGCCCGGAGGAGGAGGAGGAGGAGGAGGAGGAGGAAGAGGAGGGGGGGGAGGAAGGCGAGGGCUGGCCGGCGGCGCCCGAGGACGCGCUGGACGUCAAGAUCGAGGACAUCAAGGAAUCCAUCGAGACUAUGAAGAGCCGCCUGGAUCGGAGCAUCCAGAUGCAGACGCUGCUCCGAGCUUUCGAGGCUCGAGACCGGAAUCUUCAGGAGAACAACCUGGGCCGGGUGAACUUCUGGUCGGCCGUGAACUUGGGGCUGCUGCUGGUGGUGGCCGUUCUCCAGGUCUACACGCUCCGGAGCCUCUUCCAGGACAAGCGGACGGUGCGGACGUAGACAGGGGACGGGGACGGACACACGCACGGAAUAUUCCGGAGCCGGGACACCCCCCCCCCACCUCCGCCACGGCUGCCGUUUCUCCCUCCCGGCGGGGAUUAAACCCACCCAGUUCUGCCCCGGUGUCUCGGAGAAUCCCGGGGGGAAGGGGGCGGGGGGGGGGUUUUGGGGUGAAACCCCCGCGUUUAAUCACUGCAGGGUCUCAGA